AUGGAAGCCGAAGCCGUGGAAGCCCACCACAACAGCAAGAAAGCAUCACCAUCCCGCAGGCUUGUCGAGGGGCAUUACCCUCCCAGAAGCAUUCUGAUGCGUGAGGCAAGCCACCACCCAGACGACCACGCCCAUCGGGCCGUGAGUCCAGUCACCGAGGCAACCAACGACAACCACCACAGCGGCACGCCGACCAAGCCAGCUCAGCAACUGCCACUCGGCGAUCCUGCAACCAAGACCAGCUCGCCAGGGGAGUCCCAGCCCAUCCAAUCCAAGCAGGAGCAAAGCCCCACCACAACCAGCGUUGUUCCCACCAAAGCCCACCUCGACAACCUCAUGCACCGCUGGAAUAGCGAGUCCAAUGCCUUCGCCCCUCAAGCGAGCAAGCUCUACACGCUCCGCGCGAAAGCCCGCUCCACCAGCGCCGCUGGGGGCCCCAACCCGGACCCCGAGGACGACCCAACGUCGGUGCUCCGGCCCUUCGAGGCCCUAAAAUACGAGGUGUUCAAGUACUGCCUGGCCCACCUACCGGGAUACGCCUUCCCUCGCGCGCGGGAGGAUUCGGAGGACGUACGCGCCCACGAUGGCAACGACGGAAGACCACAGCCGGCCGCGGAGGAGACGCCGACGCAGUCGCAGAUCCUGGCGCUGACGACCUCCAUGGAGAACUGCCUCUCGGCCCUCGGCUCGAUCAGCGACAAUACCAGCCACGCCCUGCAGCGCGGGCCACCGGUGCGCGGCAGCUUCCCAGCCGCAGCGCGGACGUUUGCCGUCGAGGCGAAGCGGGUGGCACGGGUGCUAGCCGGGAAGGCGGUCGAUGUGGACACCAGCGGUGAUGAUGGCGAGUCGGCGGAGGAGACGCCCCAUUCCGGCGGGAGCAUGCCGGUCUAUGAAAUGUCCGGCGCCAUCGUGGACGACGGUGCGGCUGACCAAGGCGAGACCAUCGGUCUCGGCACCGGGGACUCAGACGAGGCCCAGGGCCGUCUCCGACGGAAGUGGAUCCGGGCCAGAUUCAAUGCCGUCAUGCCGCUUUGCGGGGUGUCCUGGCUGCGGGAUUCCAAUCUUGCGGAGCUCGAGGAGAUCCUCGAGCUGAUCGAGGCGCUCCCCGGGGCUCCCACCACGGAAAUGUCGCUGCUGAAGCACAGGGUCAGGGGCUUGAUCAUGAAGGUCAGCCCGGAUUCGGGAUAG